CGCCCGGGCCGCAGCGGGAGCCGCCGGGGCGCUGGCCGGGGCAGCGAGAGGGAAGGCGGGCAGCCGAGCAGAGACGGAGCCGCGGAGGGGCUGGGGCACCAUGGUGAAGCUGGACAUCCACACGCUGGCCCACCACCUGAAGCAGGAGCGGCUGUACGUGAGCUCGGAGAAGGCGCUGAUCCAGCGCCUCAACGCCGACGUGCUGAAGACGGCGGAGCGGCUCUACCGCACGGCCUGGAUCUCCAAACAGCAGCGCAUCAACCUGGACAGGCUCAUCAUCACCAGUGCUGAAGCUUCUCCCGCUGAAUGUUGCCAGCACGCAAAAAUCUUGGAGGACACGCAGUUUGUGGAUGGGUACAAGCAGCUGGGAUUCCAGGAGACUGCUUACGGAGAAUUCCUGAACAGACUGAGAGAGAACCCCAGGCUGAUUGCGUCCUGCCUGGUUGCUGGAGAGAAGCUCAACCAGGACAACACCCAGAGUGUCAUUCACACAGUGUUCACCUCCAUCUACGGCAACUGCAUCAUGCAGGAGGACGAGAGUUACCUGCUGCAGGUGCUGCGGUACCUGAUCGAGUUUGAGCUGAAGGAAAGCGACAACCCCAGGCGGCUGCUGAGGCGGGGCACCUGUGCCUUCAGCAUCCUGUUCAAGCUCUUCUCUGAAGGACUCUUUUCUGCAAAACUUUUUCUUACUGCUACCUUGCAUGAGCCGAUCAUGCAGCUUCUGGUUGAGGAUGAAGACCACCUGGAAACCGACGCAAACAAGUUAAUUGAGAGAUUCUCCCCGGUACAGCAGGAGAAGUUGUUUGGAGAGAAAGGCACAGAAAAGUUCAAGCAGAGAGUCCAAGAGAUGGUUGACUCCAACGAGGCCAAGCUGGUGGCCCUGGUCAACAAAUUCAUCGGCUAUCUCAAACAAAACACGUACUGUUUUCCCCACAGCUUGAGGUGGAUUGUGUCGCAGAUGUACAAAACGCUGUCGUGUGUGGACAGGCUGGAGGUUGGCGAGGUCAGAGCCAUGUGCACAGAUCUCCUUCUGGCCUGCUUCAUCUGCCCUGCCAUCGUCAACCCCGAGCAGUACGGCAUCAUUUCUGAUGCUCCUAUCAAUGAGGUGGCAAGAUUUAAUCUGAUGCAGGUUGGGAGACUUUUGCAGCAGCUGGCAAUGACAGGCUCUGAGGAGGGAGAUCCACGUACGAAGAGCAGCCUCGCUAAAUUUGACAAAAGCUGCGUUGCUGCUUUCCUGGACGUGGUGAUCGACGGGCGCGCGGUCGAGACGCCGCCGAUGUCGGCCGUGAACCUGCUGGAGGGGCUGAGCCGCACCGUGGUGUACAUGACCUACAGCCAGCUCACUGCCCUGGUUGGCUUCAUGCGGAACGUGAUGUCAAGCGAUCAGCUCAAGGAAGAUCGGAUGGCUUUGGAAAACUUGCUGGCAAAUUUACCCCAGAACAAGCCAGGGAAAAGCAGCAGCCUUGAAAUGACUCCCUAUAACACCCCCCAGCUUUCUCCUGCAACUACUCCAGCCAACAAAAAAAACCGACUGCCCAUAGGACAGCAGUUGGCAGCGAUUACUGCCUGGGAUACCUCUGCUACCAAUCUGUCAGCUCACAUAACUCUAGUAACCCCUUUUGCCACUCGAAGCAGAAGUAGAUCAAACAUGCUAAUGGACCAGCAUGGAGAUCAUGAAGGAUCCUCCCAGGAGACUAUUCCAGAAGUGCAGCCAGAAGAAGUGCUGGUGAUUUCUCUGGGGACAGGUCCACAGAUUACUCCAGGAAUGAUGUCAGAAAAUGAGGUGUUAAACAUGCAGCUUGCAGAUGGUGGGCAGGGAGAUGUCCCCAUCGACGAGAACAAGCUCCAUGGCAAACCUGACAAAACCUUGCGCUUCUCCCUCUGCAGUGACAAUCUGGAAGGAAUAUCUGAAGGCCCUUCCAAUCGCUCCAACUCGGUGUCCUCCCUGGACCUGGAGGGCGAGUCGGUGUCGGAGCUGGGCGCGGGCCCCUCGGGCAGCAACGGCGUGGAGGCUCUGCAGCUGCUGGAGCACGAGCAAGCCACAACUCAGGAUAACCUGGAUGACAAGCUCCGUAAGUUUGAAAUCCGUGACAUGAUGGGUUUGACUGAUGACAGAGACAUUUCAGAGACUGUGAGUGAGACCUGGAGCACAGAUGUCCUGGGAAGUGACUUCGACCCCAACAUCGACGAGGACCGGCUGCAGGAGAUCGCAGGUGCAGCUGCAGAGAACAUGCUAGGCAGCUUGCUGUGUUUGCCAGGUUCAGGAUCCGUGUUGCUUGAUCCCUGCACAGGUUCAACCAUAUCAGAAACCACAAGUGAGGCGUGGAGUGUGGAAGUAUUACCAAGUGAUUCAGAGGCUCCAGAUUUAAAACAGGAGGAGAGGCUCCAGGAGCUGGAGAGCUGCUCUGGGCUGGGCAGCACGUCUGAUGACACAGAUGUGAGGGAGGUCAGCUCCCGGCCCAGCACCCCCGGCCUGAGCGUUGUGUCAGGUAUUAGUGCAACAUCUGAAGAUAUUCCUAACAAGAUUGAGGAUCUCAGGUCUGAAUGUAGCUCUGACUUUGGGGGCAAAGAUUCUGUAACCAGUCCUGACAUGGAUGAAACAGCCCAUGGAGCCAGUCAGUUGACAUCUCCUCCUUCUCAGACAGAUUCUUUGCUUGCAUUGUUUGACCCUCUGUCCUCAAACGAGGGUGUGUCAGCCGUGGUAAGGCCCAAAGUGCACUAUGCAAGGCCCUCUCACCCCCCUCCCGACCCCCCCAUCCUGGAGGGGGCCGUGGGAGGCAACGAGGCGCGGCUGCCCAGCUUCGGGUGCCACGCGCUGGUGCCGGCGGAGCUGGAGGCCUUCAAGCAGCGGCACUCGUACCCCGAGAGGCUGGUGCGCAGCAGGAGCUCCGACAUCGUGUCCGCGGGCAGGCGGCCCAUGAGCGACCCUGGCUGGAACAGGCGGGCGGGCGCCGAGGACAGGGAGCUGCCCGUGGCCUCCGGCAGCGCCGCGCUGGCGGCCGCCUCCCAGUCCUCGUCCUCAUCUCCCAGCAAGGACUCCUCCAGGGGAGAGAUUGAGGAACGGAAAGACAGUGAUGAUGAGAAGUCUGACAGGAACAAGCCCUGGUGGAGGAAACGUUUUGUGUCUGCCAUGCCCAAAGCUCCUAUUCCAUUUAGGAAGAAAGAAAAACAAGAAAAAGACAAAGAUGACAUGGUGCCUGACAGAUACGCAACGCUUCAAGAUGAUCCCAGCCCGAGGCUCAGUGCACAGGCACAAGCUGCUGAGGACAUUCUGGACAAGUACAGGAAUGCAAUCAAGAGAACGAGUCCCAGUGAAGGAGCCAUCGUGAACUACGACAGUGCAGAGGCGAUUGGGGAUGGUGAGAGCAUGCACGACUCCCCGCGGGAUGAGGCUUUGCAGAACAUGUCUGCAGACGACCUCCCAGACUCUGCAAGCCAAGUAGCACAGCCACAAGGUUCUGCUUUCUCCUAUAGGGAUGCAAAGAAGAAAUUGAGAUUGGCUCUUUGUUCAGCAGAUUCUGUUGCCCUCCCGAUGCUGACACAUUCAACAAGGAAUGGUCUCCCAGACCACACAGACCCUGAAGAUAAUGAAAUUGUGUGCUUCUUGAAAGUCCAGCUGGCCGAGGCCAUCAACCUGCAGGACAAGAACCUGAUGGCGCAGCUGCAGGAGACGAUGCGCUGCGUGAGCCGCUUCGACAACCGCACGUGCCGCAAGCUGCUGGCCUCCAUCGCCGAGGACUACAGGAAAAGAGCUCCAUAUAUCGCUUAUCUGACGCGCUGCCGCCAAGGCCUGCAGACCACACAGGCACACCUGGAGAGGCUCCUGCAGAGAGUCCUGAGGGAUAAAGAGGUGGCCAACAGAUACUUCACUACAGUCUGUGUGAGGCUACUGCUGGAGAGCAAGGAGAAGAAAAUAAGGGAGUUCAUUCAAGAUUUCCAGAAGCUCACGGCAGCAGACGACAAAACAGCCCAAGUGGAGGAUUUUCUGCAGUUCCUGUACGGGGCCAUGGCUCAGGAUGCCAUCUGGCAGAAUGCCAGUGAGGAGCAGCUCCAGGAUGCACAAUUAGCCAUCGAGCGCAGUGUGAUGAAUCGCAUUUUCAAACUCGCCUUCUACCCUAAUCAGGAUGGAGAUAUUUUGCGUGACCAGGUCCUUCACGAGCACAUACAGCGGUUAUCCAAAGUAGUGACUGCAAACCACAAGGCACUUCAGAUACCUGAGGUGUACCUGCGCGAGGCGCCGUGGCCGUCGGCGCAGUCCGAGAUCCGCACCAUCAGCGCCUACAAAACGCCCCGGGACAAGGUGCAGUGCAUCCUGAGGAUGUGCUCCACCAUCAUGAACCUGCUCAGCCUGGCCAACGAGGACUCCGUGCCUGGGGCUGAUGAUUUUGUUCCUGUUCUGGUCUUUGUUCUCAUAAAGGCAAACCCCCCUUGCCUGCUGUCCACCGUGCAGUACAUCAGCAGUUUCUAUGCCAACUGUCUGUCUGGAGAGGAGUCCUACUGGUGGAUGCAGUUCACGGCAGCCGUGGAGUUCAUCAAAACUAUCGAUGACCGCAAGUAGCUCGCACAGCGCAGGCAGACUGAGCAGGAGAGGAGUUCCUAAGAAUGUACAACAGCUGCAAAAGCUGAAGAAAAGACUUUCCUUGUAAAAUACUGUACAGAAUUGAGGCAUUUUAAAACACACCUUUACUAAUCUAAUUAAUUUAACAGAUUUUCCUCUUCUCUUUGGGUUGCAUUUUCCUCCCCUCUAGAUACUGGCACUGCAAAAGGGACCACAGUUUUCAGGUAUUUUGGAAUCUCAAAACAUUCAGAAAAUUCUUCAUGCUUUCUCCACCACCCCUCUUCCUGAAUUCUUAUUCACGUGAAUAAUUCCCUUCAUUUAAUUUCUAACGAAAAACUGAAACAAGAGGAAACGGGGCAGCCACGUAGUAAACUUUCUAGUUGAAUACACCUUUUAUUAAGAGAACACCAGCCACACUGAAAGUUUGUAGUAGCUGACAUCAGUUAUUGGUUAUAUUUCACCUAAAUUUAAAAUCUGAGAGGACAGUGUAAAUAUUAUAUAACUAUAUUUAAUGCAUUGCAAGUAUCUUUGGACUUCCUAUCCUUUGAAUAAACAAGCAGAAGCCUCUCUGACCUCUAACAGGUUGUGACCUACCAUGUUUUGGUGACAAAAGGACUUCCUCAAAAGGCUAAGAUUUAAAAAGGGCAAACUGAACUAUUUAUUAAGAUGUAAUUACUGAAAUUUCUAAAACUGGAAUUUAUAAUAGGGCUUAUUAGCUAGCUGAACACUUCUUGGCUAGGGCAUUAGGGUGUUACAGAGGUUUGGAUAUAUAGAGGAGAGGGACUGUAAGUUACAAUAGAAAAGUCUAAUAUAAAAAGGAGAAAUAAAAUACCUUACUGUAAUAUUUUUUCUGAGCUAUUGUGUAUACUGUACAAACCCCAAACAGAGAUCCUUAACAGAACCUUGGGCUGUAAUAUAUAUUUUGAUUAGUGACAUUAAAUACAUAUGCCAGGGGGUUCAGUGAAUGUUUUUACUAAAUGUUCUUCGUGUUGUCUGCUAUGCAGCAGUGCAAGUUUUACUGUUCAUAAAAAAUAUUUUAAAAUAAUAUAACACUGUUCUUUAUGAAACAUAUCAUGACAUCAGUUCAGGGUGUUUUAUAGAUUUCUCACCCCGCCUUCCCCUUAAACUGACAGUUAUCAAUUUAAGGAGGUUUUUAUGCACAACACCACAUGGGUUUUUCAUGAGUGAAGUGGUCUGGGGCAUGUUGGCUGUAUAUAAGCACUCACUGCUCUUUUUCAGCUUCAAUGCACUGAAAAAGGACAGCGAGCACUGAACUUUUUCAUGUCAGUAUUAUUUCUUGCUCUUUCCAGAGUGUUCAUUGCACUUCUGACAGAGGGACGUGGUAAGACUUGGUGUCUGUGAUUGGUAAAGAAAACAAAAUCUUUCUCACACUCUUUUCAAAACACGAUUGGUUCAUUUUUGUGUGUGUGUGCAUUUUGAUGAUUAAAACCUGUAAGCAACUAG